CCCCGGGAGCCGCGAGGACUUUGCAAGUUGCCCGGGAAGGUGGAGGGGCGGGAGGGGGAGGGGGAUCAAGGCGCGACAGCGGAGACAGAGGCGACAGCGAGCGGCCCGGGUUGGCGCGCCCAGCCCAGCAGCGGAUCAUGGUGCAGCAGGCGGAGAGCUUGGAAGCGGAGAGCAACCUGCCCCGGGAGGCGCUGGACACGGAGGAGGGCGAAUUCAUGGCGUGCAGCCCGGUGGCCCUUGACGAGAGCGACCCGGAUUGGUGCAAGACGGCUUCGGGCCACAUCAAGAGGCCGAUGAACGCCUUCAUGGUGUGGUCCAAGAUCGAGCGCAGGAAGAUCAUGGAGCAGUCUCCGGACAUGCACAACGCUGAGAUCUCCAAGAGGCUGGGCAAGCGGUGGAAGAUGCUGAAGGACAGCGAGAAGAUCCCCUUCAUCCGAGAGGCGGAGCGGCUGCGGCUGAAGCACAUGGCCGACUACCCCGACUACAAGUACCGGCCCCGGAAAAAGCCCAAAAUGGACCCCUCGGCCAAGCCCAGCGCCAGCCACAGCCCGGAGAAGAGCGCGGCGGGCGGCGGCGCAAACGGCGGCAGCAGCAGCGCGGGCGACGACGCCGACGACCUCAUGUUCGACCUGAGUUUGAAUUUCUCCCAAAGCGCGCACAGCGCCAGCGACCAGCAGCUGGGGGGCGGCGCCGCGGCCGGGAACCUGUCCCUGUCGCUGGUGGACAAGGAUUUGGAUUCGUUCAGCGAGGGCAGCCUGGGGUCCCACUUCGAGUUCCCAGACUACUGCACGCCGGAGCUGAGCGAGAUGAUCGCGGGGGACUGGCUGGAGGCGAACUUCUCCGACCUGGUGUUCACGUAUUGAAAAUGCGGGGGCCCCGGUCCCCCCUCCCGGGCUCUUUCUCUCCAGAGCUGGGUUCCC